UUAAUUUAAUUGAACACGCUCAAUUACCAGUAAAUAUUUAUAUAAAUAUGAAUUGGAUUUCGGACAAAAUUGUCACUCGCAAAUUUAUCCUUGAGUUUACAGCAUAUCAUCUGCUUCAGCCACCACCACCACCAUGUCGACUAAACUCUUCGCCGUAAUCGUCACCCUCGCCCUCGCCACGGGCGUCAUCUCCGCUCCAGACUACGGCGAAACUUGCAGCAGUCUUAUCCAAUGUCAGCGAUAUUCCGAACAUCACGACCAAAGCGUUAUUUGCAUGCUUCGCCCCAACGCUUCCGACCCGACCGGAUAUUGCUCCACGUUUGCCGUCGCGACGGGAAAAUGCGCCUGCGCGCGAAACUGUGGCGCAUUCCAUGAUCACCACGAAGACGGCGAAUUUUUACGGGAUGAAGGUCGCUGCGUCGGAUUUGUGGGGUCAUUCUGCUACAACGGCUAUCCUGAAAACGAUUGUGUCCCAAAUGCGUAUUGUCCCGGAACUUCGAGGCGUUGCGUUUGCACGUUGGGAUUCGAAACCGGACCGGAUGGCAGGCAUUGUGUGGCUAUUAAAAAAUAAAUGACAUGUUUUUUUUUCGAGCGAAUUUUGAAAUAAUAAAUCAGACUAAUUUCGAAAAUAAGG